UGAAAAGAAUAUACCUGUAAAUUAUGAAACUGAUUUUAAUGAUUCAAGUGAAAAGAAUAUACUUCCUGAAACUACAUCUUUAGUAUCCUCGCAAUUUUUAAGUAAUCAAAAUAUAAGUGACGCUGAAGAAAAUAGUCAAUAUGAUAACAGUAGUGACACAAGUAAAGAUAACGAUGACCUUCAUCAAUUAGCCAUGGAUGAAUUCCAUUGGUUUUGUAAUGAUCUUCAAAAUCUCCUCGAAGAAAAUGAUCCUAUACUAGACCAAAGCAUAUGCAAGUUUGUUAAAGUAUACAUACAACAUCGAUCCAUACAAGAUACUCACAUCUGGCCAGCAAUUUCUUCUUUUUUCCAAACUUGUAAUUGGAAUGCUGGUCGAGUUAAUGGUAAAAGUUACCAACGUGGUGGCAAAAGGAUUAAAGUUCAAGUCACUGCGGCUGCUAGGCGCAGAAAAGGACCAAACCAUGGACUUAAAAAACUACAACAAGGAAGACCAAGUAGUAGCACAUAUAAUAAUAUAUACGAAACUGAAACACAAGAAGAUCCAAGCCGGUUUAUUAUGCCUUCACGUAAAAAAUGGCAAAAAAGGCAAGCACACGAUUUUCAACAAGCUUUAAAAGAAAACUGA